AUGGCCGUGCAACCCAGCCCUUCAUCUCGCCGAAGUGUCCGCGACACCAAGGAGAGGUUACGACAAUGGCUUACGAAAGGAGCCCUCGUCCGCGAAGACUCGGACGAUGAGCUGGGCUACGAUGAUCUCCCUUGGGAAUGGAUAUACGAAGACGAUGCAAGCGAUGAUAAAGAAAAUAAGCCUCAGGUAUCAGCGACCGACGAAGAUGACCAGGAAUUGAAGACUUUGCGACGACAUUCUGGCCGGCCGAAUAACAAGAAACGGAAGAUUGUGGGCGCUCGCAUGGGUGCCUUUGAAUGCAGACUAGGAAAUGUGGUGCUCUUGAAGUCUCCAGAGGCCGGAAAGGACUGGGUGGGCUUGAUUACAGAAUUUGUCGAGGAAGAAGACGAGGAUGACGACGAAGAGAUGAUCAAGUCAGCCAAUAUCAUGUGGUUUGCUUCACCGGAAGAGUUCUCGUCGGCAAAGACAAAAAAAAAAAAACGAGCGGACGCUUUACCCAAUGAACAAUAUUUAACAGCGGACUUUAACGUUAACCCUCUUACCUCGAUUAAUGGCAGAGGAAGGGUGAUGUCGAAAGAUGCCUUUUUUGCCAAAUACCCGAAUGGAAUUCCACCCAAAGACAAAGAAGAAUUGGCAGAAUAUCACAAAUGCAUCGUUUGCCGGAGAGGUGUCAAUCAGCUUCAGGGCAAAUAUACCGAAGAAUUUGUUUGGGAAGACGUUUAUAAGGGCGAUGAAGCAAGCGUGUAUAAUUUGAUUGAGUUGAUCAAAGCGGGCCUCAAAACGGCCAAGAAGCGCAAGGCCGCUGACGAAGAUUAUGUCAAUAUGAAUGAAGAUGACAAAAAACCACCCAUCACGCCGAGAAAGAAGCAACGUACAACCGCUCUCACAAUUACGCCCCAGUCGAAACGAAAAAUCUAUACCACACCGACUAGCAAACGGAUUGUGGUAAAAAAACCGCUCGAAUUCACUCCGCUUGGGACUCGUGUCCUUGAUCCGACGCAUUUCACGUCUUCGCCAUACCGUCAAGCACGAUCGUUACUGCAUGUUUCUAGCGUGCCGAUGUCACUGCCCUGCCGUAACGCAGAGUUUGAAACAGUCUAUACUCACCUUAGUGCCGCGAUCGCCGAAGGAAGUGGCACUUGCAUUUAUAUAUCAGGAACACCAGGUACUGGCAAGACAGCCACUGUCAGAGAAGUGAUUGCCCAACUGAACAAUGCGGUGCUCGAUGAAGAAAUGGAUGACUUUAUUUUUGUCGAGAUCAACGGCAUGAAAGUGACGGAUCCCCAUCAGUCCUACUCUCUACUAUGGGAAGCACUGAAAGGAGAUCGGGUGUCACCCUCGCACGCACUUGAUCUACUAGAAAGGGAAUUUAGCUAUCCAUCCCCGCGCCGAGUCCCGUGUGUCGUGUUAAUGGAUGAACUCGAUCAACUCGUAACGAAGAACCAGUCGGUCAUGUACAAUUUCUUCAACUGGCCUGCUCUCCGGCACUCGCGUCUGAUCGUACUUGCUGUUGCAAAUACUAUGGACUUACCAGAGAGAACGCUAAGCAAUAAGAUCUCAAGUCGUUUGGGCCUUACCCGUAUCACAUUCCCUGGCUACAAACACACAGAUCUCAUUGAGAUUAUCUCAUCUCGACUGGCCAAUGUCCCGGGCAAUAUUGUCGACCCUGAUGCCAUCCAAUUUGCCAGCCGAAAAGUUGCAGCUGUUAGCGGAGACGCUCGUCGAGCGCUAGAUAUUUGUCGACGGGCAGUCGAGAUUGCCGAGCAAGAGUGCGAAGCGAAUGCCUUGAAGAAAGGUGGCGAUGAUAUUAUGGAUGUUGACGACUCAGAGUCCCUUCCACCUACGCCAAGCAAAAACGCCAUACGCAGAAACAAGAGUCAGAAGGGUAAUAGCAAAUCCCUCGUCAAGAUCGAAAGUCCUCAGAAAAAUCCAACGAAACAACAAACUCUUCCACGUGUCACGAUAGCUACAAUUAAGCAAGCCAUUCAAGAGGCAACAUCCACGCCACUACAACAAUCACUUCGUUGUCUCCCACUCGCCGGAAAACUCUUCCUUGCGGCUCUCCUUGCCCGAGUCCGCCGCACCGGCAUAUCUGAAUCUACAAUGGGAGAUGUCCUAGAUGAAGCACGACGAAUCGCCGAUGCAGCCGUGGCAGUUGCCGGCCUCGCAGGAUCUAGCAUCAAGAAUUUCCUACUUGGCAAGGACAACCCCGGUGCAAGAGUACAUGCUAUGGUUUUCGCCGCCAUGGAGCUAAUGAAUUCGGGUGUUGUGGCUCUCGAGACUGGAGUAGGGAUUAGGGUUCGUGGUGGAGGCGAUAGGAGUAGCAAAGUGAGAUUACGAGUUGCUGCUGAAGAAGUCAGGUCCGCCUUUAGAGAUGAUAUUGAAGCUAAGGGAUUAGGUUUGGGCUUUGAUCAAUAG